AUGGUCUUACUAAAAGCAAAAAGGAUCUCUGGCAUUGUCAAAAAUCGACAAUCGAUUGCUGCUGUGCUUGGUGAUUCAGACAACUUUGCCGAAAAAGAAGCCAAAGCGAACUUUUCAUCCGAUCAAAAGCGAUUGUAUCAAUUUUGGAAGAUGGGUCACGAAAUGCCAGAAGAGAUGGUUUGGAGCAAUAAGGAUUUGCAAAAACAUUUCACGCAAAUUGAGGAGGAUGAAGACGAUGCUUCUCCUAAGAAACGAUUGCGCACUGAGGAAAUCAAGGUUGGAAGCAACGAAGGCCAAGACAUUGCUGAGUUCUGUGAAAGAACAGCAUUGGGUGAGCUUUACAAGGUACCCUCCCCCCUCAUGCAUCUCAUCAGUCGAGAUGAUGUCGCUUUCUUUCGCAAGACAUUCAGUCAACUCUGUCCUCUUUUGGAUGCAUUGCUGAUCAUUGUUCGUACGAAGCAAGGAUUGGGCAGUGUCGCGCUGAAAUUGUCAAAAAAGCGUCAAAAGCGAGAAUUUGAAUCAACUCAACAGGUGUUGGAUGCCCUCAUUUCGCAAAAGAGAAUGAUCAAAGCCAAAGCUGAUGCACAUUUUGAGAAAGUAGAUCAAUACGCCGUCGUCAUUCGUGAACGUAUGCGCUAUUACGAUCGUGAAAUUGAGCCGAGGCAAGACUACUCAAAAAAGAAGCUUGAGAAUGAGACCGCUGAAGCCAGUGCUACAAAUUCACCCCAAGUGGCAAGUGCAUCGGCUCCGCAAAGCACACCUGUCUCAAACAACGAACGCAUGGGCAAAAAUGUACAUCGUACCUCUCACAAUGAGCGUACUGGUGAAGAUGGACAGCGUUCGCCUCACAAUGAGCAGCUUUUACUCAGUCAAGCAAGUGUAGAAGCUAAUGGCCGCGGCGCUGAGUCGACUAUUUGUCAGUCAGACACAACUCGUGGGGUUGUUAUGCCACAAAAUGAUUUAGCGGAAGCAUCUGUUCCAUCCAUUACUUCACAAUCUCAAAACUUUCAGUUGAACACAACGGAAUCUUCAGUUGGUCUACCUGUCAAUCCUGUGCAACGAAUUGAUGAAGCCGUUCUUCCGCAGAACAGUCCAGUACAGGCUGCUAUUACACCUCCUCAAGCUCGACCACAAGGGUCCCCACAACAAGGCUUCUUCGACCGAGUUCAAGACCGAGACGCGAUGAUGGAACAAAUGUCGCAAAUUGUGCCGAAUCAGUUUGAUCUGGACAGCUUGCUUCCACCGGCCAUGCGAGUCAAUCCGGUCAUCCCUCCAAACAAUCGUGCCCAGGAGAAUUCGCCGGAAGCUGUUCAACAAAGUACACCGCAAUCUCAAAGUGUACAAGGAUUUGAACGUACGCCAAUCGGGCCUCAACAAGAGAGUGUUUCAAAGGAACGAGAAGGUGCACUGGUCGUAAGCUCAUCAAGUGAGCCUGCACGCCCUCUCUUUGGUACAUAUAAGCCUUUCACUCCACCAACAUGGUUUAACGCUUUCAAAGUUCCUGUAAAGACCAGCGUUCCGCAAACUUCAUCCCCUCUUGCAUCAAAUCCCGAGCCAGCACCACAAAUGCCACGUUCGAUCAUGAAGAAGCCUUCAAACCUUUAUCCUCUCCGGGACGUCACAUUCAGCCAUGGUAUGCCGCAAGCUCAACCAGCUACAAUUACGGAAAUUGGCCCAAGAAAUGCCUCCGCAGAGCACGGUGAGAAAGAGAAUCAGGUCACGCAAAGCACAACAAGCUCAAAUCAAUCUUCAAUCAAGUCCAUCGUACAUGACAAAUCCUGGCCUUUCACAUCCCACCAAACGACAUACUUUUAA